CUUGCAGUUUCUCUGGGUGGAAAUACCACAGGACAGUCUUUGUGCACUCAUCAUAAUGCAUCCGAUCCCUGUGUGCUCCGGUAAUGGUGGAGACAUAUUUGAUUGUAUUCAAAGAGGAGAUGUUGAACAGUGUAUACUUUUCGUGCAAAAUGAUCGAUCAGUGCUCAAACAAAAAGGCUGGGGAGGUUUCAGCCCGCUCCACUACGCUGCCCUUCAUGGAAACCGCACCCUGGUGGACUUCUUUCUCAGCAGUGGAGCGGACCCUAACAUGACAUGUGAUGCAGGGCAGACAGCGUUUCAUUUCGCCUGCAGGCAAGGAAAUAUCUACAUCAUACACAAAAUGAUGCAAUAUGGAGCAGAUUUACGCCUCAUAGACCUACAGGGGAAAACAUCCAUGCAUCAUGCUGUUACUGGGGGCAACAUAAUUGCAGUGCACUAUUUGUGGGAAACAGGAAUGUUUCGCUUCUCGGAUGCAGACAUGUACCAGGUGACGCCUCUUCACCUGGCUGCGUCCACUGGCAACAUAGACAUGGUUCAGUAUUUGCUCAGAGACCAGCGAUGUGCUGUAGAUGCAAUUGACCAGCAGGGAGCAACAGUGCUUCACAUCGCAGCAGAGCGAGGUGGAGUGGAGGUGUGCUGGACUCUGCUGCAGAAAGCCGGCUGCAGGAUGCUUCAUCAGAAGAACUACAGCGGCCUCACUCCGCUGGAUCUCAGCCAACAGGGAAAAACGUUCAGACAUCAGCAGCUUACAAAAUUACUGAGUUGGUACAUUAAUAAGCCGAUACAUCACAAGCCCAGAGAAUCUCGUGUUCUGUACUACUGGACGUUGUUCUUUCCGUCUCUGGGUGGAGCUGCCAUCCUGCUGGUUGCAGCCAUGUUGGGAGGUUAUGGGGUACUCAUCUGUGCUUUCCUCUUCCCUUGGCUGGCCAGAAGCAUUUUCACACAGUACCACCGCAUGACCACAUACCAAAGGUUACCCAACCCAAUAUACUUGGGAACACUCCUAGCUGGUUUCCUUCAUUCCCUGCUCUGCUUCUAUGGGAAAAUGCUGCCUGAAAGUGUGUGGCCAACCAGUGCUUUGGCUCAUGUCUCGUUGGUCCACUUGUCCAUACUGCUCAGUCUGUUCUACAAGGUUCUGACUCAGGACCCUGGUGCACUGGACAGGGCAGAUGCAGACCCUCGGUUCUCCUGUAUUGCUGACCUGGUGGAGAACAGCCAGAAUCCUCAGAGGUUUUGUCCACACUGUGAGCUGUUCCAGCCUGACUGCACAAAACACUGCAAGCUGUGUGACGUGUGCAUCAAAGACUACGACCAUCACUGCCUUUUUCUCAACCGCUGCGUUGGUCGGAGAAACCACAGACUCUUCCUCAUCUUCAUCCUCUCUAUGGCUGCUGCCCACCUUCUUUUUAUUGUCUCCGGGAUAACUUACCUGCACAGCAAGAUGUCAGCAGGAGGUCACGGCGUGUCACUGUGGCUCACAUUUCUGGGGGAGGAGUUCUGGGUUGUGGUUAUGAUGGUUAUGAACGCCCUGACGCUCUUUUGGGAGGUGUGGCUCCUGACUGAGCAGUUCAAUGCUGUUGCCAUGGGAACAACCACUUAUUUCAGACACCGUGAGAGCUCAGGACGACAAAGGUCAUUAGGGCAACGCUGUGUGGUUUUUUUGGCCUUUCUCUUGGAGGGACGGAGAUCAAUGGGUAGCCGACAAAUCACAAAGGAUAAACCCACUGUAGACAUUUAA